GUCGUCUACAACGGUGAGAGAGAGUUAAGAGUACUUCUUCAUUCCCUGCAUCGCGAACUUGUUGAAGAGAAAUGGCUUCUUCUUCUUCUUCGGCUGCUCUUUAUAGAAUCUCAAAUCUCCAGAAUCAUAUCUCCCCUCUUGAAGCCAACAACAAGCUAAGGAGUCUGGUGAAGAUAUCUCCACAAGUAUCUGAAGCCAUAUCCAGUGGACGUGCUGUGGUCGCUCUUGAGUCAACCAUUAUCUCCCAUGGGAUGCCUUACCCUCAAAACCUGCAAACAGCAAAAGAGGUGGAGUCUAUUGUGAGAGAGAAUGGAGCAGUUCCUGCCACAAUAGCUAUCUUGAACGGAGUUCCUUGCAUAGGUCUGAACGAAGACGAGCUUGAACGUCUUGCAUCUCUGGGGAAAGGUGUCCAAAAGACUGCAGGCAGGGACAUAGCAUAUGUUGUGGCUACAAGAGGAAAUGGUGCUACUACAGUCUCUGCAACCUUGUUUUUCGCUUCUAUGGUUGGCAUCCAAGUCUUUGUAACCGGUGGAAUUGGGGGUGUACAUAGGCAUGCCAACCAAACUAUGGACAUAUCAUCUGAUCUUACUGCACUUGGAAGGACUCCUAUAGCUGUGAUAUCAGCAGGCGUUAAAUCCAUACUUGAUAUUCCAAAGACUCUUGAAUAUUUGGAAACUCAAGAAGUGUAUGUUGCUGCAUACAAGAGCGAUGAGUUUCCGGCAUUUUUCACAGAAAAAAGCGGCUGUAAGGCACCUUCUCGUGUAGAUAGCCCUGAAGACUGUGCUCGAGUAAUAGAUGCAAACAAGAAGCUAAACCGUCAGGCAGGGAUUCUGUUUGCUGUUCCAAUCCCGAAACAGCAUUCAGCCGCUGGAAAUCUUAUAGAAUCAGCAACACAGCGUGCUCUUACAGAAGCAAGGGAACAAAACGUUACGGGAAAUGCAGAAACUCCGUUCUUGCUUGCACGGGUAAAUGAGUUAACUGGAGGCACUUCACUUGCAGCAAGUAUCCUUUCUCUAGAGUUUCAGACAUUGCGCUUGUGAAAAACAAUGCACUUAUCGGUUCUCAGAUUGCGGUAGCCCUUUCUCAGCUAACGUGAGCUACCUUAUCAAUCUAAAGCUCAAGCUCGAUUCAGGUUCAUGAUUCAGGGCAUCUCAAAAACGUUCUGGAUUGGUAGUUAUCUAGUGUUUUUUAAUGUUUUUCUUUAGCCCAAGAAACUCUUUUAAACAUAUUUUCACAUGUGUAUAUUAAAAUUUAUUUUAUAUAUCAUGUGGAACCUGAUUUACCGCCUUGUGUAACGUUUUUCCCUGAAGAUUAAGCUAUUUAAUUAU